GCACACAGGCGUUCUCUCCCUGCAAAGGGGCUUGUCUGCAGUAUCCUUUAUAAAUGGACGCCGGCUUGUAAACACGGCCUUCUGUUGUUGGGGAGACACCUCACAAGAAAGGAAGCAGGAAAUAUUUUAUCCUGAGGAUCAAGAACAAUAGGCCAAACAUCAAGCUGAGGUGGACGGUUGCAGAAGCCAAACAAGGGCACCUAACUCCAAGAGUCAUGUGGGAGGACAGUAAAUGGGAUUUGUUAUUUGCAUGUGUCAAGAACAAAUACUUUCUCUGCUGACAUACAGUGAAGUUCUCCCAGCCUUCUGUCAGAGCUUUUCCUCGGGGGGAGUCCCUGCUAUGAACCCCAGCUCCGUUGGCUUCAGCAGGCAGUCCAAGCUCAGUGCAAGGCACUGUGUGGGCAUCCCACUGGUCUGGGUUCUGCCCACACAGAACUCACAGACUGCCCCGUAUGAAAAAGAAUUAAAUAUUCCUGAGUCACUCCUCCGUGUGGUGACUUUACUAAUUGUUACAGUGAUUCGUUGCUAAGUUUUUCCUGCCUGGUCCCCCUUCAAACUCCAGCUCUUCUCCCACCGCCUUUUGACUCACCACUUCAUUUUAGUUUGAUUUCCCAUCCAGCAGCAGCACGAGUUCCUUUGUGUUUAACACGUGGUGGAGGACCAUGGGAUGCCGUCAGAGCUCGGAGGAAAAGGAGGCAGCGCGGCGGUCGAGGCGAAUCGACCGCCACCUGCGCUCAGAAAGUCAGCGGCAGCGGCGUGAGAUCAAGUUACUGUUGCUGGGCACUAGCAACUCAGGCAAGAGCACCAUUGUCAAACAGAUGAAAAUCAUCCACAGCGGUGGCUUCAACCUGGAGGCGUGCAAGGAGUACAAGCCUCUCAUCCUGUACAAUGCCAUCGACUCGCUCACACGCAUCAUCCGUGCCCUCACCACCCUGAAGAUAGACUUUCACAAUCCGGACCGGGCCUACGAUGCCGUGCAGCUCUUUGCACUCACAGGGCCAGCUGAGAGCAAAGGGGAGAUCACUCCAGAGCUGCUGGGGGUAAUGAAACGUCUAUGGUCAGAUGGAGGGGUCCAGGAAUGCUUUCUGCGGUCCAACGAAUACCACUUAGAGGACAACACUGCCUACUACCUGAAUGACCUGGACCGCAUCUCUGCAGUCGAGUACAUCCCCACCGUAGAGGACAUCCUGCGCUCCCGCGAUAUGACCACAGGCAUCGUGGAGAACAAGUUCACCUUCAAGGAGCUCACCUUCAAGAUGGUGGACGUGGGUGGGCAGCGCUCAGAGAGGAAGAAGUGGAUUCAUUGUUUCGAGGGCGUGACAGCAAUCAUUUUCUGUGUCGAGCUCAGCGGCUAUGACCUCAAACUUUACGAGGACAACCAGACGAGCCGCAUGGCCGAGAGCUUGCGUCUGUUCGACUCCAUCUGCAACAACAACUGGUUCACCAACACGUCGCUCAUCCUCUUCCUCAACAAGAAGGACUUGCUGGCCGAGAAGAUAAAACGCAUCCCUUUGACAGUGUGCUUCCCCGACUACAAAGGCCAAAACACCUACGAGGAGGCGGCCGUCUACGUGCAGCGGCAGUUUGAAGACCUCAACCGCAACAAGGAGACCAAGGAGAUCUAUUCCCACUUCACCUGUGCCACUGACACCAGCAACAUCCAGUUUGUAUUCGACGCUGUCACGGACGUGAUCAUCCAGAACAAUUUGAAGUACAUUGGGCUAUGCUAGGGCCUGACACCAGGUGGGAGCUGGGGGUGGGCUAGAGUGCGAUAUAAGCCGAUAACUUGGCAGCGUUCAGCCUGCCGUCAGGCUGCAUGUUGGCCUGUCUGCCUGAUCUCUUUGCAGCCGAGAACUGGAAAAGAAAUGAGGUAGCAAGACGGCCAUGGAUGGACGAUACUGUAGAUUCAACCAUUUUGAUUGAAACAUCCGAGCCGAUGGUUUGAGAUGAGUUUUACCCUAUGUGUUUGCACUGAAAAUGAGUAUGCAGAGACACACACACACAAACACACAUCCUUAUUGUUUGUUCACAUGCAGGAUCUUUGGAUCAACAGUGGAGCUUUUGUUUGACAAGGUGACGGUGAAAGUUCAAGACCCCUUGCAGUACUUGCCUGUCAAACCUGAGACUGAGUAGAAGGUCUGUGCUGGCAGUUUACUUUUAUCUUCUCAACAUCGUUCGCCUGAAUCAGUUAAUGCAGCUUUACAAAAAAACAAACAAA